AUGUCGGAUUCAAAUCUUCUGGCCCGACUGGCAGAAAUACUAAGGCGGCAGCAACAGCAGCCAAGAGAUGGGUCCAUAGAUGGCGACGAAGAUGAGGAUGAUACGCGACAUACGAUGACAGCGGAAGAACUUGAAGAGGCUCAGCGUCUCUUGUGGCAGUAUAUCGCGGAUCCCCACGGAAGCGACGGGACAGUACCCCGAGAGGAUCCAAAGGUGCUGGAGACGCGUGACUUGGCGGGCAUUGCAAACUAUCUCAAAUCUGGGACGGGCUAUGGGUCAGGAAAGAAGAAGGUAGUAUUGAUGGUUGGUAUAAGCACCUCGGCUGGGAUUCCUGACUUUAGAUCCCCCAAAACUGGUCUAUAUGCUAACCUCGCUCGUCUAAAUUUACCCUAUCCCGAGGCUGUCUUUGAUAUUCAUUUCUUCGAACAAAACCCUCUCCCAUUUUAUACAUUGGCCCACGAGUUGUAUCCGGGCAAAUUCCGUCCUACUGUAACCCACUCGUUCAUCAAACUACUAUCUGACAAGGGAAUGCUACAGAUGUGUUUCACCCAGAACAUUGAUACACUCGAACGUCUCGCCGGAGUCCCAGCUUCCCAACUGGUAGAAGCCCACGGCUCGUUUGCGGAGAACCACUGUAUUAGCUGCGGAGCCGAGUUCCCAGCAGACGAAAUGCGAGAACUUGUCAUGGCCAAGAAUCCGGAUGUUCCUGGGGGAGUCAAUGUACCAAGGUGUAAAAAGCCUAAUUGUGGGGGGUUGGUUAAACCUGACAUUGUGUUCUUUGGGGAAUCGCUUCCAGAACGGUUCCACGAAUCACUGAGCCUUUUACCGUUUGCCGAUCUGGCGCUGGUGAUUGGUACCAGUCUAACUGUGCAUCCGUUUGCCCGUCUUCCUCAGAUGGUGAGCGACCGGUGCCCAAGGGCGCUAUUGAAUAUGGAGACGGCGGGACAAUUUAACAGGGCAGAUGACGUGAUUCAUUUGGCACCUUGCGACGAUGCCGUCCGCGAGCUUUGCGAUCUUCUCGGCUGGAGGGACGAACUGGAAAAACUAUGGGCAGAAACAGAGAACAUAGUUGCCGGUCCAUCGACUUCGACUCAACCGGGACCAGACAAGACCGAAGACGACCUUGCUGUAUUGAUGGACAAGGCGCUCAACUUGAACGCAGCCGAGAAGAACGCCGAGGAUGUAGCGGAGAAAACAGCUGCUACGACCGAGUCUGCUCGACCUGGUCCAAAUGCGCAAAAGGCAACGGCGAGCAUUCGGGUGUCUCUUGCUUGGUUGCCCGAGCCGGCGCCUGUACCAGAUGAAGAGAGCGUACUAGUUUUAACUGCUCCGACCGGUCAAUACGUGGACAUCCGUAUUAAACUUGCUCGUACCGACUCUUCAACCGCUACUUCCCAACUCUCCGAAACGCCCAUCAACGAUCCCUCCAAUGUCCCCUCCGAUUCGAAUCUCUCUUGGGGAUUCGCAGGAAUAGCCAGUCGAACGUCAGAUGGGAAAGGAGGUCGCUGGUCCCGCGUCGUUGAUUCUCGAACAGCCGAUCCAGCCGGAGAAACAGACGAAGGCCAAGAAGAAACUCUUCCGAACGGGGAUACCAAAGAGUCCGGCACGAUGGACGGGAAAGCCUACAUCGAAGUAUGGAGGAGUUUGGAUGUCGGAAGUUCGCCCGAAGUCUGGGUCUCGGAGAAAAAGGACGUAGGGAUGGUGGUGAGAGUGGGCGAGUGGGCGCAAGGCGUGGUUAGGAACGGGGAUCAAGUUAGCGUGUUUCGUGCUCGGUUCAAGGACGAUAGUUGGGUCGAUGUGUAUCGAGUGGGUUCGGUCGAAGUGUUCCCUGCGAUUGGUGGAUCGUUGGAAGGGUGGGAUGUCCUUGGUGAUCUUGCCGAAACGAAGCUUUGA